CCACACCUGAAACACCCCGCGGCGACGGACACUUGAGAACGCUGCACCGCGCCCCGCCGGAAGUACUCCCCAGAGCGGAAGCUUUUCAGCGCGAUAUAGCGGAAGUGUCUUCCCUUCCGGUCUCUUUGGUCACGGCGGCAGAGGCGAGAUGACGAAAGGGACGUCGUCGUUCGGCAAGCGCCGCAACAAGACGCACACGCUGUGCCGCCGCUGCGGCUCCAAGGCCUACCACCUGCAGAAGUCCACCUGCGGCAAGUGCGGCUACCCCGCCAAGCGGAAGAGAAAGUAUAACUGGAGUGCCAAGGCCAAGCGACGAAACACUACCGGGACGGGUCGCAUGAGGCACCUGAAGAUCGUGUACCGCAGAUUCAGGCAUGGAUUCCGUGAAGGGACGACACCCAAACCCAAGAGGGCGGCUGUCGCGGCAUCCAGCUCAUCCUGAGGAUUUCGCUGAUUAGUCCCACAAUAAAUGCUGGUGUCCAAAA